UUUUGCACGGAAAACGUUAAACUUACAUCAGUCCACUAUAUUAUAGCCAAUUUUUGGAAUGUUAUCGUUGCAUUUAAUGCGAGACAUACCGUCAGAUUAUCAUCGGCAUCAAUGUUAAGUGUACAUAUUUGGAAAUCGAAAAAGGAAGACGUAAAUACUUUUAAUCAAAAUGCCUUCUCCAUACGUUUAUAUUAACAACUUUUAGGAUAUUUACCUCACGAAAUGCUCCAUAUAUUUCGUCAGAUUUCCGAGUGUAUCAAGGAAAUCUAGAAAAUAACAAACAAUCGAAAAUCUCUGUUUGGUCCUUUGGUACGGAAGUACCUCGUAUAUAAAAGUAUAACACAUGUGCGCGGUACAUACCGAUAUAUCACGUUAUGACAGGUUUAGAUGGAUUGGCAUAGGUGGUAAGUUUUCCCCAGUUUCCAUCCACUCAAGUAAAAUAUUCCCGAGUCACGUAUCUUUCUCGCUUUGUGGCGCAUUAAUAAAGAUAUAUAUUACACAUCAACGAUUUACCGUUAAGUCUUAGGCGAAAUAAUCUCAGAUUACGGACUGCCUUCUCGCGCAUUCUCACGUUUUAUGGCAGCUGCGGUAAAUUUUGACUUUUAUUCAGAAGCGUUCAACAGGAAGAUAUGGACCAGAACAGAGCAGGUAUUUAUCUCAAAUCAGCAACGUUGUACUUCCCAACAAUCAGAAUCAUGUACUCUUAGCAGAAGCUCUAUCGAGAGUUCUUCCUUCACCGAUUUUACCUACCGUAUGCUAUUACGAAUCCUGUGCAUGUAUACGCUCACAGAAUCCUGUAUCGUAAAAUACCUCUGCUAAUAUACUGAGUAGGUACAAUCCCUGAACCACCUGCACGCUCCUCUUCGUCUGACAAUUCGUAUUGUGUACUGGUGCUGGUCGCCCGGUAUCAACUCAUCAAUCUCACUAUGGUCAAAUGCUGCCGCUGCUGCUACUGUGGCUACUGCAAUUAGCCUCGAACGAUAUUUUUUAGUGAGGAUUCAGCUUGCGGUCGUCCAACUUGAAAGCGGUAAACGACCAGCACGGCUAUAGCCCGGCAAUCAUUUACUGCCUGUCUCUUUACCUCCCGGUUAGUUAGCAAUUGCUGUGGUGCAAAUAUAGUACUGGUACAACACACAGACAUAUAGACACUCACGCGCCAGUAGCACUGACACACACUGACUUUCCGUGCUGAUAACAACUCGCAGUACUUGCUGUUGAUGUUACUUGGUUGGCAGUUUGAUUCGUAGCUAUUCUCUUAACUGGCCUGCCGCUACUUGCUCGAUUUAUUGACAACGAUUUACGGCAGAUCGGUCGGCUCGUCAUUUAAUCUAUUGGCAGUUGGUUCUUGCUUGAUUGUUGCUGGAGGUGACUUAUUGGUGAGACGCCAUCUGCGCUUUAUAGGAACACUGCUGGUAUCACUGGUCAUAUUUGUCCCUGCUAUUGAAAUCGUCUCACGAGUAAAAAAAAACAGGACUCUAAAGCCGGCGUCAGGGUUUUGCCCGUUUGCCGGCCGGAUGGCAUCACUUGUCGCGGUCAGGAAGACGUUCAGUUAGUUAAUGGACGAACUAGCAAAUGUGUGUACAUCUUCGACGUGCACUGGGAGCGCGAGUCGGCCAUAAUCGUCAGGCAACAUAAGCGAGCGGCCGUCACGAACAACAAUAUCUAUGGCUAUGCCAAUGGACAAAAACCCACUCACCUGAUUUACCCUGCACUGUCUCACUCACAACAGCAGUCAGCCAGUUAGCAGUCAAUGGAGAGUCACCAAAGCAAUCAUCUCCCUCAAUCCGGUAAAAACACAUAGGGGCCCUCUGACCUCUUCAGCUGUUUUUCUUUGUAUUCCGCCAAUUUAGCGGGCGCUGCCGCCAGGAAAGAGACUCGAUCACAGACAAAAAGAACCGCUGCAGUUGGACCUUUCCGUCCUCGGCCGGGGGCUACAAAAACAACUGAUGCCAAUACAACCAAACUAGUGUCGAUAGGUGGCAAAAUGGAAAAGCCAAUCAAAUUGGGUCUAGGCAGAUCACUUAACCCACUGUCCAAUAUACUGCCGCAGCAUAAAUAAACUGGAUACGAUUCCCUUAUACUCUGUUUUAUCUGCCGAUUGUCUAAUGUAAGUGGUUGAACGCGCGCGCAGUCAAAAGCACAGGGUAAAUUAUAGAAGAUAUGCGAACGCCGCAAGAGUACGGAAGUGUGCUACAACGUUCCGCGAGAUCCGUAGUGCCGGUAGUGGUGGAUUGCUGAGCCUGCUAUUGCUUUUUCUGUACAAGCUGUGUGGGAAAAAUGCAGUCGGGAGUCAUAUCUCCGGCUGGUCUGUUCACUCGAAAAGUAUCAGGUUGCUUGACGGCAGGGGGUUUCGACGGUGCUUCGCGCAUCAACUCGGUGACCACGAGGUCGGUUCGGAAAUUAUACUCAUCGGCGCCGCAAACACACGCCACCGCCGUCAACAACACAGCGGGAAAAAGUUUUAGUAACCGAAUGUUAUCGACGCUCUCUGUGUUAGGUGGGCUGUUUACUCGCCAAGCCAAUAUCUACGUUCAUAAUCGAGUGAGAAAGGCACUGCAGCUUCACGCGGUUUACAGGUCCGCUUUUGGUCAACAGUUCUUCCGGGCUUUUGUUCAUAAUUUAUUAAGGACGGCAAUUCGAAAGCGUACCCCGAUGUUUCUGUUAGGAGCAGCAGGAUUUAGCUUUCAGGAUGAAGGUAUCUCCGAUGAUGAAAUCGCGAGCUGUAUCGAUGAAUUCGAAAUACUUAAGAAGCGGCCACCGUCAACGCCAUGUUGCACACAUUCUGCCAAAUGUGACCGCAGAACCGGACACGCUCUCAAGCUAAAUAUGGAAAAGUUUCGAACACAUUUGCGGUCUGAGGGCUUCGAACCGGUUGUCGAAUCAGACCGAUUGCACAUCUGGCGCAAAAGUGAAACCGGCAAAGCCAACUACACAUACAAAGUGUACGGAACAUUCACAGACGUCCCGGCUCGAGCAUUCUUUGCCGUCCAAUGUGAUACAGAUUAUCGAAAAAAGUGGGAUAAACUCGUUGUUCAACUCGACGUUGUCGAGAGUGAUUCACAAAACGACGUUGUCUAUUGGCACAUGUAUUAUCCGUUUCCACUGAGUUCUCGCGAUUACGUAUUUGUUCGCCGAAGCGUUGUCGACACCGAGCGAGCUUGUAUGGUCGUUGUAUGUCACGCUACACAGCAUCCGCAAUGCCCGCCUCGCAAAGGUGUCGUUCGAGUUAAUGAGUACAUGUCCAACAUGGUCAUCUCGCCACACAACUCAUUUGAUGAGAACGGAUUUGAUUAUUUGUUAACGUAUUAUGACGAUCCCCAGUCAUCGUUCCCCUCGCCGGUCUACGCAUGGAUGGCCGCCUCGGGUGUCCAUGAUUACGUUGAUAAGUUGCACAAAGCGACUCAACAGUUUAAUGACGGCUCUGCACUGAGGCCAACGCUUUCGAUAACAAAAGGCACCAUAUCCUCUUCAGCGUCUGCCAUAUCCAAUAAUACUUCUGUUCAUUUUCAAACGACCCAUCAACAGGCUCAAGCUCAUUACGCCUGGCAUCGGUCUGCCUUGUAACCUAAAGUUUCAAAAUUAUACUGAAUAAUAAUGGGCCGUACACGUAUAUAAAAAAAAAAAAA